UCAAAUUUUGGUGUGCUACUGUUACCAACCCGCUUUGCUAGUUACCAACGUUUUCCUGUUGAUUCUGCCGACAGCACGGUUUCAAAACAAAGCCUUCCUCCUACCCCUCUAAUCUCAAAUUCGUGGACAAAUCAAAUCAAACACUGUACAAAAACAUCAAGAAUCCAAAGACCCUUAUCAAAUCUACAUUUACCUUCUUUCAUUUCAUUUCCCAUCGUCUCCUUUUCCCAUGGUGCGUUGUGUUUCUUGGUGGUCCAUUUUUACUUACUUCCACACUCUUUUGCUUUCCCAUUUUUUUAAUCUCUUUCUCUUCUCUAUGCCCUUUCUUCUUAUUUUUCUUUUCAUUCUCUUCUAUUAUUUGUAAAAAGGAAAAGAAAAGAAUAACUUGAAGAAUAUAUUCCAGUGGCUGGUUUUUAUUUCCAAAGGCCACCAACCAGCCAUUCUUUUCAGCAUCAAUAACCAAAAGAACAUAAAUGAAAUAGGCCCCCGAGCUCCAAGAACGACCAUUCCAUGCUUUUUUUUUUUUUGAAAAUAAAACUUCCCAAUUCUUUUUCUGGAAAAAAUAUUCUCUUACACUUUCACUAGAAGAUCAUAGCAUGUAGUUGGUGGAAGACUUGUUUGUUUCUUUAUUCUUUCUUUUUGCUUUUCUAUCGUCUUGCCUUUCCGUUAUUCUUCUUCUUGUUUUUCUUUUGCUUGUUUGGUCCGUGCAGUUGAUCAGUUUUAUUUUUGAAGGACAAGAGGAGGGGGUGUUUGGCUAUGGAACCUCGAGUUCUUGAUGAUAUAAUCAAUAGGUUGCUUGAAGUUAGAAGGAAACCAGGAAAGCAGGUCCAGCUUUCUGAGUCUGAAAUAAGGCAGCUUUGUCUUGUUUCUAAAGAUAUCUUCUUGAAGCAACCCGUUCUUUUAGAGAUUGAAGCACCUAUUAAAAUCUGUGGAGACAUUCAUGGUCAGUAUUCUGAUCUCCUGAGGCUUUUUGAGAAUGGUGCUUUCCCUCCUCAUGCCAAUUACUUAUUCUUGGGAGAUUAUGUAGAUCGUGGAAAGCAAAGCCUAGAAACGAUAUGCCUUCUCCUUGCAUACAAAAUAAAAUAUCCUGAAAAUUUUUUCCUUCUGAGGGGCAACCACGAAUGUGCUUCUGUGAACCGUAUCUACGGAUUUUAUGAUGAGUGUAAACGAAGAUUCAAUGUCAAGCUCUGGAAAGUAUUCACUGAUUGUUUCAACUGCCUGCCGGUGGCAGCUCUCAUUGAGGAAAAGAUAUUUUGCAUGCAUGGUGGACUUUCACCUGAGCUCUGCAAUUUAGAUCAGAUUAGAAAUUUAAAGAGGCCUACUGAUGUUCCAGAAUCUGGCUUGCUGUGUGAUCUCCUAUGGUCUGAUCCUAGUAAAGACAUUCAGGGCUGGGGGCCAAAUGAUAGGGGAGUUUCCUACAUGUUCGGUUCUGAUUGUGUCAUAGAUUGUCUCAAGAAGCUUGAUCUUGAUUUAAUAUGUCGCGCACACCAGGUUGUUGAAGAUGGAUAUGAAUUCUUUGCUAAUAGACAACUUGUAACCAUAUUUUCAGCACCUAAUUACUGUGGAGAGUUUGACAAUGCUGCUGCCAUGAUGAGCGUGGAUGAGACAUUAAUGUGUUCUUUUCAAAUAUUAAAGUCUGCAGAUAAGAAACCAAAGUUUGGCUUUGGAACCUUAACUUCAUCUAAGUCUUCUAAUCCUCCCACUAAAAUCAAGGAGCAAGAGCAAGAGCAAGAGGAGGGGUGCCACGUGAUGUAAGAUUUAACACUCUGGAAUUGGAAUUGUUGCUCUUUUUGAUUGCCGUGGCUGGAAAACAAUACCAUCCGAGGGUAAAGCAAAGCAACCAGGAAAACAAGUAAUGAGAGAAACUAGGAACACAGCAAGGAAGAAAUUAAAACGAAGAGAAGGUAAUAUCAGAAACAUGGUAAUUCUUUCUGACACGAGGCAAAGAGAAUAAUAAUUGCAACAAUCCAGCUUAUGAGGCAAUGCCAUUUUUAAUCCGCUCCCUCAACGCACAUUCCUGGAUUUUCUAUGAUGUUGUCAUGGAUCUUUGGAGCUGUUAUAUUGAAACCUGAAAGGGUUUGGAGUGUGAUCCAGUUUUGGCUCAAGGUUAGGGUCUAACUGCAGUAGAGCCAUGGUUUCUGAACGCUGCAAAAUUUGAGUAAAUUAAGUUUUUACCAAAAUAAUUCAUAUGCAACUAUGUAUAAUAUAAAAGUUUUCUACUGUAUAAUUUGGGGGUUUUUUAGCAAAGGGUUUUUGGGUUUUACCUAAAAUAUUUUUUUGUAUCAGUCCAAGUAGAUUUAUAUAUAUAAAAUUUAGCGAAUUUAUGAGAAAUCAUCUUAGUACGUAAGGGUGAUAACGGUUG